AUGCCGGGACCCAUUUCAACAAUCCAUUUACCGGCUUCGCAAUCUUCUCCCCCAACUCAGCAUUUGCCUGGUGAUUCACUCGGCUUUCCAGAUCCUCCAGCACCGCUUGUGUUUCCAGUCGACCCAGCUGACAUUUCCAACACUGAUAGCAGGAAGGUUACUCGCUUGUGGCCAUCCUGUGUUCCCCUCUUUGCCUUCGCAGAACAUUCAUGUUUGCAGGAGCGUAAGGAUCGGAUUAUACAGGUACUUAAGCUCAGCAAGAACAAGAGACUCAGGAAUAACCUACGAACCACCAGUGAUCGUGUAUUGAAGCAUAACCAGUACACUGAGACCUUCUCGGAAGAAACUCACAUGCUAGAUUUCCUUCUUACAUCCGUUUUUGCCUGCACUACAUUCACGAAAGAUGUUGUGUACAAAUUGGAUGAGAAAAUCUAUCGAGAUCUUCACACCCUAUUAACAACUCGCCAUGCAUUAGCUUCCUCGUCACUCAAUAGCUUUGGUUAUUCGGAUCUCAGACCACCUGGAUGGGCCAUUGACACUGCGAAAGGUUUGACGGCCAACGAUUUUGAGUUGUAUGCCUUCCAGUAUCGCAUUCGGGUCAAGCAUUUUCUUCAUAUGCUUGAUUAUGUCUAUGACUGGAAUAAACUUCAGACACGCGUAUACCUAGAUGAAAAAAUGCUGGCAGCUCAGCGCAAUGCUGACAGAGCGCGUCUUGAGAAAAGGGAGUAUUACCUUCCUGCUGUUCCUCCUGUAUCACAUUCCAAUCCUUUCAAGUCAAAGACCUCUGUUCAGGCCUCGGCCUCCGACUUGAGUUGGGGGGGAGUACACUAUGAUGCUUCAAGAGAUGAGGAACAGCAUCCUAGCAGCUCACAGGUCGCUAAAAUAUGCGGUCAGUCUUGUCUUUGUGUGAAUUCCAAAGUCAGUGAACCUCACGAUUUCGGUCCAUAUCAACAUGAGAGUUUGCCUGCAGCAUCCCACCAAGCUCAGAUUCCAAAGGACUUAGAUUGCAGAAAUCCUUCUUCGCACACAAGCAUUUACCGAGGACGUUCUCCUAGCGAUCUCGACUCGGGUCAAGGUUGCACCAUCACCGAUGGAAACAAACAUCAGUUUCGUCGUGAUUCAUGCUAUUCAAAAAUUCCCACAUGCUCUGAUCUCUCGGAGUAUACCAGCAUUGAUUUUGACACCGCCCUCAAAGCGACGGACAUACCUGCUUACAACAGUAAUCCAAACACGAGGGAUAAUUGUGGGAACAAAUUCAUUAUUACUCCAACCCUGAAUCAUAACAUCGGCAAUCCAAUCAUUCCAUAUUCAAACAAUAACGGAAUUCGUACUUUCCGAAUCGCUUCAAAUACGCCGUGUGCACCCUUUUCAGAGAAGAACAAGAAUUCUCGAUUACCACGUAAAAUCAGAUAUCACAUCGACCGGCUGCAGAGACAGCUACAGCGAAUAAUCCAUGCCACCGGCUGUGUCAUGUCCACUAAUAGUGAUUGUCAGCGUAUACUGAUGGGAAUGAGAGAAUGCGUACUGCGGUUGUCGGGAUUUACCAUCAUGGGAAGCGAAGCAACACGGGUCCCAGUAGGAGUGAAUACUCCUGAUCUUGAUACCUUGCAGAUGGUCCUCAAUUCAGGCUCGUAUAUCAUGUGUAACUCCCAAACAGCACUUCAGAUGCUCUCUAUGUGGCCUAGAGUUCGCGUCAAGCAGAAGACGAACCUUAUGAAGCAGACUGGAACCAAAUGUCGGCUACAAAGUCAAUGUCUUGUCAGACACGGAGUUAAAGUUGAAUUUUCCAUAGUACCACCGCCUAUUGACUGGGAGCUUCGGGUAUUUGAGGUUCAUGCCUUAGCAGAAGAAGUUGUGAGCCAAUCAACCAAGAUCGCAAGGCUCCAAUCGUACCACACCCAAAAAUCUGGUCGUCAUUCAAAACAUCGACGAGUACCAGGAACAGUCAGAGCCAAAAUCUGGCUCGGGAUACCUGCGAAACUGCAGCCAACUGUUGGUCAUGAUAACCAAUUUCUUGAUGUAUCCCUUACAUCCUCGACAAACGCUCCCACGAUUCCUAUUACGCUGGAAGCUAUGGCAACGGAACGAGAUACGAAAUGGCUACUCACAAAAUUUUCACAGAGUGGCAAGUUCAAUACGGUAUCUUUGAAGCGCAAGCUGUUGGAGAAGACUGAGCGCAAUCAAUUAAAUCAGAGCAUUCAGCUCAUCACUAGUUCAGACAGCGUACCCUGCCACAUUUUUAUCAUGCGUAUUGCAGUCUCUCACAUCAUCCUUUUCAUAAAUGCCCAAACUAGCCUUCUAACGUGUUCUAUGGACGGAGCACCGACUGUGGCACCAACGGAAGUUCAUACGAGUGUCGCUCGACAUAAACGACGUAUCAUUCAUGCAUCACGAAGCGAUCCUGAAGCCUUAAGCAUAGCUAUAGAAGUCCUGAUCAAUAGAAAACGACGCUAUCAGAAGAGAAAUCAGCGCACAAGGCCCAUGAGGAAACUUGAUGAUCAAAUUCGGAAUCCGGGUAUCAACAUACACAGCAUAGUCGAAGUCAACAUUGUCCUGGACAAAGAGGCAGGAUACUCUGACGUACGGGGGAAGGACGCAAAGCCGGGCACAGUCUCGAGGGCGAAUGAACCAAUGGUGGUAUCGAUAACAUGGCAAAAGGAAGACCGUGGCGAUCAACAUCAUCAAUAUCAUUCCCAUUUUGGAAAUAACUCACCGGCAACUACGCAAGCCGAUUCCCUUUGCUAUCAUCGCACGAUGGAGCCGUCCUCCAUCCACGCAUCUCCCAAACAACAUUCUAGCAUAUCCUGUGACCGAAAUUAUCUUGAAUCUAGUAUAAAUUUUGAAGCAGGGACACAUCAUUCAAGGGCUCAAACAUUUUGUCGAUAUUUGAAGUGUUAUCCAGUACAAGGAGAGCAUCGACAUCUACGACACGGUACUAGAAUUUCGACCCGUGUUCACUCCCUGAUAAGGCAAGGUAUCCUAUUGCUCGAAAAACACGUCAGCCGAGAAACUCAUUGGCAGCAAGGAGAUGACUUACCUUAUAUCUACGUCUCCCGGCUCUUUGUUCUUCCUAUUUCAAACCUCUACAACACCCUAACAGCGGUAGUAAACUGGAAUAUGACCAGACGUGUUCGUAUUGCCCGAAAAUGUUUUUAUAACAUUCGUAGGAAAGGUCAGAGGAUGGAACGACGACUGUGCGCCACCCGAGACGAUCAGCUUCAAGUUGCAAGGGCGGUGCUUGAUCCGCGUCGAGCCAUCAGAAACCAGGCACCUACCAUUACGAAAGCCAUCUCCAAAGAGAGGGUCAGCAUCAUCUCCGGACGCGAAUUCAUCGGUACUUGCUUCCAUUACCUUCACGGCUCUAUUCUCAUCCUGAUCUGCAAGGAACUCUCCGAAUUCCUUGUCGCAUUGCGUGAAUUCAAAUUUCCAAAACUUCCUAUGGUGUCGCGCAGCCCUAAUUACCUUAGAACUAUGUUCGAGGCUCAGUACCUCCCAGGGAUUCGGCACUCACCUCGAUGGGAAGUCCCUUGUCAGCUUAUUCUGGAAUUAAUCAAUUCCCCUAGCUUUGCGGCUUACCCCUGCCUGCUGGUGAUGGCAGAAGAUGCAGUGACUAAACAAGAGCUGAAACGAAUACUCACAGAACAUACACGGAGUGCCGCGUUCAACACAUUAUUAUUGAAGCGCAAUUUCCCUGAGAAAACUGAACAUGAUCAAUUAAAUCAGAAUGUUCAGCUCGUCGCUACUUCAAACGACGUACCCAGGGACAUUUUUAUCAUUCCUAUGGCAGUAUCUCGCAUCACCCCUUCUAGAAAUACUGAAUUCAGCCUUCUACCGCGUUCGACAGACCUAGCACCGACUGUGCCGCUAUCAAAGGUUAAUACAAAGGUCGUCGGGCAUAAGCGAAGCAGUAGAGAUGCAUCAGGAAACGAAGUGAACGAUACAGAGACCUUGAGACAUGGGCAAAGGCUGGACACAAUUUCGAGCGUGGGUGGACCAAUGAUCGAUGAAUCGAGCAAGCGGAGAAAUGAAGGGGCUCAUCAUCAAUAUCAUCCCCGUUUUGGAAACUGUUCCCAGGAACCGGCCCUUGUCGAUCCGCUUCCUCUCACGCAGCUUUCCUCUACCCUCGUACCGUCCGAACAUCAGUUGUACACAUCCGGGGAUGGAAAAAAUAGGUUCACUAUACUCUAA